AUGAGGGAGGAGGAGAAUAUCAUUAUAACCCCUCGGCCAGGAUUGCCAUCUUUGGAUGUGGUUAGGGCAGCGCUUCAAAAUGCGCCGGUCCCAACCACUCCUGAUGAUGAUGCCACCGCUUUGGCCGAGGCUGAUUCCUUCUUCCGGCAAUACUUGUUGUCUUCAUCUUCAUCAUCGUCAUCUGACGAGGAGGACGAAGAGAAUAAGGCGGUUCGGCGUGCAGAUAUCCGCCGCCAAGUUGUGGCAGUGUAUCAAGCCAUGUUUCACUCAUCGGCGCUACCACUUCCUGAUACGGUCCUGCAACGAGAGAAUCCCAUCACUGACUCUGCACAAACGAGCUCCUCUGUUCGAGCUAAGGUACCCCGGCAGCUUACAGGACAGAUGAUAUCAGAUCGAACAAUGAGGUUGCUGAGCGAUCGCAGGUAUCAACCAAGAGAAUAUCAUUUGUGUCCUCUUUGCUUGAAUGGAUUGGUAACCGGGGAGUUCCCCGUCAAACUUGACUGUGGUCAUGGCUGCCAUAUGGGCUGCAUCAAGCGCUGGCUAGAUGUUAAGAACAUCUGCCCCUCCUGUGGUGCAGUUGCCCUCACUCUUCUUUGA